GCCGGGCGCUCGCCAAACUGGGCAGGAGGAAGAGGAGGAGGAGGAGGAGAAAGAAGAGAAGGAGGAGCCGGUUGAGGCGCUGCUGCGAUUUGCUGGCUUCCCAUCUCUACAAUGGACCACGCCCUACGGUGAGGUUGGGCAGGGCUGGGCGGAGAGUGAGAGAGAGAGGAGAGAGAAAACUCGCUCCCUGGCUGGCAUCGGAGGCUGGAGCGCGCGAGGAGGGUCUGGGGGCUGCGCCGGGGCUCUCAUGCGUCGGGCUGGGAAAUAAACCCUGCGAUGAGCUGCUCGCCCCUGCCCGGCUGGACCAGGUGUUGUUGCCGCUGCCAGCUUCCUCUCUCUUCCUCCUUCUCCUCCUCCUCCCAUUCCUCCGGAGCAUCCUCGCCGCUGAUGCCUCCUCGGUGCCCGCGGAGCUGAUGCCCAUCUCCCCUGGGGAGGCGAUGACCUGACGGAGGAUGUGAUUCCCUCGCCCUGCCUUUCCUUCCUUCUCCAGCUCUCCCCCCCUCUCUCCUCCCUUGCCCUGCCCUGCUGGGGAGGGGGGAGCCCUCCCCUCUCCCUCCCCCCCCAGAAAAUCGGAGGGUGGGCGCAGACCAUGGCCUUUGGCUCCCCGCGGCUGCUGUUCCUGCGCACCCCUUGCUCACCUCUGAGGACCAGGGCAGAAGAAGGAGGAGGAGGAGAGGAAGAUGGGACUAAAAUCCAGGAAGGCGGCGGCGGCGGCAGCAGCAGGAGCAUCGCCGCCGCUACCACCUCCAGGGGCUGAUGGUGGUGGCAGCGGCGGCCACGUCGGGGACGAGAAGAAAGUGGGGCUGGCCGCUGGGGACCUGGAGCAGGGCGCUCUGGCUCUGGGCACCGGGGCAGACAAAGAUGGGACCCUCCUGCUGGAAGGGGCGGGCAAGGAAGACGGUGGCAAGAGGUCCGCGCAAGGGAUUGGGCUGCUGGCCAAGACGCCGCUCAGCCGACCCGUCAAGAGGAACAACGUGAAAUACAGGCGGAUGCAAACUUUGAUCUACGACGCCCUGGAGAGGCCGAGGGGCUGGGCGCUGCUCUAUCACGCCUUCGUGUUUCUGAUAGUUCUGGGUUGCUUGAUUUUAGCUGUUCUGACAACAUUCAAGGAAUACGAAACUGUUUCAGGAAACUGGCUUCUGCUGUUGGAAACCUUUGCCAUUUUCAUCUUUGGAGCAGAGUUUGCCUUAAGGAUCUGGGCUGCCGGCUGCUGCUGUCGGUACAAAGGAUGGCGAGGGAGGUUAAAGUUUGCCCGGAAACCUUUGUGUAUGUUGGAUAUCUUUGUACUGAUCGCCUCUGUGCCGGUAGUGGCUGUUGGCAACCAGGGCAACGUCCUGGCCACGUCGCUGAGAAGCCUCCGUUUCCUUCAGAUCCUGCGAAUGUUGCGGAUGGACAGGAGAGGAGGAACCUGGAAGCUCCUGGGCUCCGCCAUUUGUGCACACAGCAAAGAACUCAUCACUGCCUGGUACAUCGGGUUCCUGACCCUUAUCCUCUCCUCAUUCCUGGUUUACCUGGUGGAGAAAGAUGUGCCUGAAAAAAACGAGGAAGGGAAGGAAAAAAGGGAGUUUGAAACCUAUGCCGAUGCCCUUUGGUGGGGACUGAUUACGCUAGCAACCAUCGGCUAUGGCGACAAGACGCCCAAAACAUGGGAGGGACGCCUCAUAGCAGCAACAUUCUCUCUUGUUGGCGUUUCCUUCUUCGCUCUUCCAGCUGGCAUUUUGGGUUCAGGACUCGCUCUGAAAGUGCAGGAGCAACACCGCCAGAAACAUUUUGAGAAAAGAAGAAAGCCUGCAGCGGAACUCAUACAGGCUGCCUGGAGGUACUAUGCUACUAAUCCCAAUAGGCUGGACCUCGUUGCCACUUGGAGGUUUUAUGAAUCAAUUGUGUCAUUCCCGUAUUUCAGGAAAGAGCCAGUGGAUGGGACCAGUAAUGUCAUGUUUAGUAGGGAGGCUUUCUUUGGAUCAAGCGUCACCAGAAAACUUAGCCAAAAGCUGGGUCUCUUGGAUCGGGUUCGUGGUACCAAUACUAAAGGAAAGCUAUUUACCCCUCUGAAUGUAGAUGCAAUUGAAGAAAGUCCUUCUAAAGAACCUAAGACUGUUGCCUUGAAUAAUAGGGAGCGUUUUCGCACUGCAUUCCGAAUGAAAGCUUAUGCAUUCUGGCAAAGUUCCGAAGAUGCUGGAACUGGGGAUCCUCUGGCAGAAGACAGAGGGUACAGCAAUGAACUCCUCAUUGAAGACAUGAUCCCCACGCUGAAAGUGGUCAUCCGAGCUGUCAGAAUACUACAGUUCCGCCUCUAUAAGAAGCGAUUCAAGGAGACCUUGAGGCCUUAUGAUGUAAAGGAUGUGAUAGAGCAAUAUUCAGCAGGACACCUUGACAUGCUUACCAGGAUCAAAUACCUUCAAGCGAGAAUAGAUAUGAUUUUUGCACCUGGACCUCCGUCCACUCCCAAGCAUAAGAAAUCCCAGAAAGGAGGCGCCUUCCCUUACCCUUCGCAGCAGUCUCCAAGGAAUGAUCCGUAUGUAGCCAAAGCAUCGACAGUAGAUCCUGAAGACCAAAGUAUGAUGGGCAAAUUUGUCAGAGUUGAAAGACAGGUCCAUGACAUGGGGAAGAAAUUGGAAUUUUUGGUCGAUAUGCACAUGCAGCAUAUGGAGCAUCUCCAAGUCCAAGUGUGCCCUUCAAAAGAAACUGUGUCCCCAGCAGAGGAUAACAGAUAUUCUGAACUGAAGUCCAUCAUUUACAAAUAUUCUGAGCCUUCUAUUCAUGAAAUGCCUCCGAGUUUCCACCAUGUACCGGUGAACAAAGUCCCCCCUUUUGGCUUCUCGACGCAGGGCUGCGACGUCGGCCCGCUCUCGUUGCCGUUGGGCGGUCAGAACUCCGGUAGGUGGCAGGCUAUGCCGUUCUCAACUUCGUACGCUGAAAGGCCGACAGUUUUGCCUAUACUCACCUUCAUUGACCCCCACGUUUCCUACCGUUCCCCACCAGGAGACCUCCAGAGCCCCCACUCAGACAGAAUCUCUUCCAGGCAGAAACAUAGCCUGACGAGAGACAGCGACACUCCCUUAUCCCUCCUCUCUGUCAACCACGAGGAACUUGAACGAUCGCCAAGCGGGUUCAGCAUCUCCCAAGACAAGGAUGACUUCCUUUUCGGGUCGAACGGGGGCUCAAGCUGGAUGAAGGAGAAGCGCUACUUGGCCGAGGGCGAAACGGACACGGAUACUGACCCUUUUACCCCAAGUGGUUCCAUGCCUCUUUCUUCGACAGGGGAGGGCUUCUCUGAUUCAGUAUGGACUCCGAGCAAGCCAGUUUAAAAAUUAUCCAGUGGGGGUGGGUUGGGGGUGGGGUUGGAGUCACUGGCUGGCUUCUUCUCAUAAUGUAAACAUAAACUUUGUAUAUCUCACUAUACACACCCAAAGCUUCCUAGCUCAUAAACCAACACACACACACACACACACACAAAUUUCACCAAUGGCUGCAAUGCAUGCUGGUAUUAGUGGUAGUCAUCCUGCACCAUUUCAUACGGUCGGCUUAAUGCGGUUUUCUUCAUGCUGCCAAAACUAAGCGGUUUAGUUUUGAGCAAUGGUUGUGCAUGACUUUACACUAUAAAUGGUACAGAUAAUUUCUUCUGUGAUUUUAAAUAACAAAAAAACAAAAACAACCCAUAGCAAAAAUGGAUGUUCUUCGGUAUACCGAGGGCCGGGUCAACUCUGGGCACAAAAAGAUAUCCUAACAGUGGCACAUGCUACAUUUGUGUAAGCAGAGCAAAACCAAACACUAGGUUACAGAGCAAUGCCCUUUUCAAUAUAUAUAUAUGUGUGUAUGUCUGUGGAAUAUUCCACCCUCCCAUCCUGUCUUUCUGUACGUCGGUUUUCCAGUUUGCCGGCAUCACUGCAAUUCAUUCUGUUCAUCCAAAUUUCCUUUGCUAUAUCCCUUUUUCAAAAAGGAACCCUGAGGGUAUUUUAGUCCAAACCUGUCCAAAAUAGGAAUCAGAGCUAAAGAAUACCUGACGGAUGUUUACCCAACCUUUGCUUAAAAACCUCAAAUGAAGGAGAUCCUAGCAACUUCUGAAGGAGUCCAUUUUGCUGUGGAACAGCUCUUACUGCCCCUUUUGAUAACUGAACAUUCUUCAUGCCCCUUCUGGUAAUAGAAGUUUUA